ACCGCCACCAGAUACUUCUACGAGGCUUGGAUACUGGGCGACGCUCUCUGCCGCGUGUUCCCGCUCUUCUUCUACGGCAACGUGGCCGUCUCCCUCCUCAGCAUGGUCGCCAUCACCAUCAACAGGUACGUGUUGAUCUCGAGGGCGGACAUCUACCCGAGAAUCUACACGCCGAGGGGCAUUUGCUUGAUGCUCGUAGCCGUGUGGACGAUCAGCUUCUCCCUCCUGAUUCCCCCGUUGCUCGGGAUCUGGGGCGAGUUGGGCCUGGACGAGUCGAGCUUCUCCUGCACGAUACUGAAGAAGAACAACCGCAGCCCAAAAAAGCUCCUGUUCGUCGUGGGUUUCCUCCUGCCCUGCUUGGUCAUCAUUUUCUCGUACCUGUGCAUCUACUGGCGGGUAAGGAAGAGCCGUCGCAACAUAAAGGCCCACAUGAGCCAAGGCGCCGGUCAAAGGAAGAGCGGCUUCGUCAAGCGCGAGGACUCGAGGGUCACUUGGCUCAUGCUCACCAUAUUCCUGUGCUACUUGCUGUGCUACAUGCCCCUCAUGCUGGCCAAUUGUCUCGAGGACCAGGUGAAGGUACCCACCGUCCACGUGCUUGCCUCGGUACUCGCUUGGGCGUCGGCCGUCAUCAAUCCGUUCAUCUACACGGGCACCAACAAAUUGUACAGGGAGGCGUACCGGCAAUUGCUCUGUCCCAAGAGGAACAAGGUCAAGAUGGGCUCGCCCGUCACCAAUCCCAAGAUCCUCAACUCUCACUCGAGCAAGGUGUCGUCCCAGCCGACAUGAGCCCAGUAGCCCAGGCCGAGGCAAUCGUCGAUUGAUUCUACAGCUGGAUUGCCAUUGGGACUCUCUACUAUGCAAUCCAAGGAGAAUGAACCGUGUUCUGUAGCCAUAUUUAGAUGUAGGGGAGGUAGACUGGCUUGGUGCUUUGAAGGAGAAAAAUUUAAGCGUUACCAGACGGCAGCUGAAGAGAGAACGUUUUUCCAUGAAAAGUUGGUUAAUGCCGGUUUGAAUCAUUUAGCAUUUUAAUGCUUUCGUGCAUCGACAUUCCAAACGAUUGUGAGUGCUUGUGUGUUUUGGUAGUAGUUUUCGGGGUUGAAAACUCGAAUAAGUCAUGGUAGUGUAGACACUGUGAUUCAUAAUAAUCAUCGUACUUGUAAAGUGUAAACUGUAUAAACAGUUUUUUUUUUUUUGUAAGGAGACUUUUAUGCAUAUUUUUAACGCUUUGCUUUCAAACGUCAAAGCCCGCGAGUAGUUUCAAUCGGUUCAGCGACCAUUUAUAUGUUUUAUUUUUUUUUUUAUUUUUAAAUUUGACCUACGUUAAGAUUAUUAAUAAGCUAAAAACUCUGUGUACACGAGUUUUAAACAGCAUCCCAAAGGUAUUACGUGUGUAAGAGGCCAUUAUUUUUGAUUGACCAAAGGAUACCGAGGAUAAGAUUCCGUAUGAAGAAAAACACCAAUAAUGACUUUUAUACAAACGCUCUUGUAAAUUUUAAUGCUGUGACAAAAAGUAUACAUUUCGUAGAAAAAAGUAAAUAUUACAUAUCAGCAUCGUUUUGUAUUAAUAUUGUAAUUAUAUACAAUUUUUCGGAUUAAAAAUACAUUGUUCGAUUUACUCGCCAAUUGAUAUUAUUAGUUGAUAAAUAUUUACAAUUUUGGCGACAUCAAGACGUACAAAAGUGUAGUUUUGCAUGCAAACUUGAACGCCAAAGCUCUGUGCGAUUGUACUAUUAUGUAGUUAAAGUAUCAGCGAUUUUAUAAUUGUUUAUUUGUAUAAAUUAAGGCAUUGUCAAUAUUGAGUAUAAAAUACAGAGAUUAUGUUUCAUAAUGCACACUGGUUUUCUUUAUUUGCCCUUGUAUCCUUUAAACUGUUUAAAUAUUUGUAUUUCAGUGUAAAAAUACUUUUCAGAGUUGUAAAAAGAUAUAAUUAUCAGAUCUAAAUCUCUUUAAUUAUUGCAAAAAUACUAUAAAAUACUUUUUGCAUCUUAUAACUAGCAAGUCACACUAUAUAGAUAAAAGUACUCGAAUUUAGAUUGAUAUGAGAUAAAUAUAAUUGAUAUUUUGUAGGAAACUUAUAGAUUGAGGAUAAAUACUUUAAAAAAUCACACCGUCAACUUUCUUAAAUACAUAAUAAAAGUUACGACUUAAAAAUACAUAGUUAAAAAAAAUCUGCAAAAAAUUUGGCUCCUAGAAAGCUUACUUUCUUAAAGUAAGACUUUUUAAAAAUUGAAUCAGUCUAUACAAAUUUUUAAACACUCGUUUGUUUUACGUGUAUAAAGUAAUGCUAAAAUUAAAAUAUAUAAUAAAAAUCAACUUAAAGUACACAAUGGACGGAAAAAGUUUUUUAUCUUGUUCGUUGCUGAGAUUCUACGCUAGAAAUUUGCUAUUUAAUAGCUGUAUAUGACGUAACUCUAAGUACCUCAGUAAUCGAGAUAUUUGUGCCACAAAAAGUAUAAAAAACGAUAUAAAACAUGUAUAAACAAAAUUUAUAAAAACAAACGAGACAAAACAAUCUUAUUUUUGGUCACUCGUAAUCAAUCGUGACUUGGUAACUAAAAUUGUUUUGCCAGGCUUAAAAAAUAAAUACCUCGCGGUAAAAAUGCUAUUGCAAUCGAAGAAUUGUUUAUCG